CGCAUCAUCUCCUUCUUCCCCCAAUCCGACCCGGCAAUGAAGACGAUUCCGAUUUCCAUUUUCCAAGCAAUGAAGCCGUCGCAUCAUCUCCUUCUUCCCCCAAUCCGACCCGGCAAUGAAGACGAUUCUGAUUUCCCAGAUCCCAUCAAUGGCAAGAUUCAGGGUCUCCCAACUCCACUUCAAUGGCAGAUCGACUAUGUCGCAGUCGUGCUUCAGGGACAAUCUCUGAUUUCUUCGUUAGAUGGACUUUGUUCUUUGCCCGCCGACUCCAAAUUUGAAGUCCAUUUGCUUCCCAUCAUUCUCAGCAGAUCGCCUGCAAGGCCACCGUCGAGACCGAAGAUUGAUAAUGAAAAGAAUCAAGAGGAAUCCCCUCGAAUUUCUGGGUCACAUAGAGGAAAAGAGAAACAGAUCGAUUGAUGCAUAGAUAACAGGAGGAAUCGGAGGGGCAGAAUCAUCAAGAUUCAACAGUGGUCAAUCCGACGGAUCUGGGUGCUACGCUCUACGGCGGAGGAAGAACGACGAUGUAGAGAGCCCGUCUGUUCGCCUAUCCGACGGAUCUGGGUUGUGCGCUCUGCGGCGGAGGAAGAACGACGUCAAGCUUGUCGGUUCUGUUUCCGCAACCGUGGCGCCGGUGGAUCAUUGUGAAUGGUGGGAAUGGAUUUUAGACAAGAAAAUCCUCCAUAGUGGGCGCUGGCUCCGGAUUUUGACGUAUGGAGUUGGGACUCUAGAGCGGCGGCGGUGUUGGGCGAUAGAUCAGUGUGUGUAUUGGAGAAUCCGGGGAAGAGGCUCUACAAACCCUAUUGUGGCGGCGAUGGCAACGAGGAGGAGAGGAGGUAUAUUUUGGCCGGAAUUCAUUUUUGGGAGAAGGGGAUGCAAGUCACGACACGGAGAUGGGUGGGUGGGUGUGGGUAUUUUCUUUUUAUUUUAUUUAGUUACCUUUUUGAAAAAAAAAACUCGUAUUAAAAAAAUUCCAUGUCAGAUGCUGACUGGAUUUUCCGUUAAAUAUUAACAGUCAAAACCGGUCAAUACUAACAGAAAAAUAGUUCAGGGCACAAAUGGAAUACUGGAAACAAUAGGACACAAGGGACAUUUUCCGGAUAGUUCGGGUGUUGUAGUGGUAUUAUCCCAAAAAAAAAAAAAAGCUUUUUGCCUGUUCUAUGUGCUUAAUUACCGGUGUGAUCUAUAGCUUCAUCGCCAUAGCACAUAUGCACUAUAUUUGGGAAAAUAAUUUUGGGUUUACAUGUAGUAUUAUUGUUUGGUGUGGUAUUAAUCCGGCUAAUACGACAAAUAACACGUCAUCAAUGGGCUCAAGCCCACCACAUGACCAUUCUAUAUUACCCAAGCCUACUCCAAAGAAGCUUCAAGCACCUACAUAAGGAGGCUCAUGGCUCCAAGUCAAAGGAUGCUCUCUUCCCUUCCUACACUCUUCACAUACGGUUCUCUCUCUACUCUCUCUCUCUAAUUCCACAUACACCAUUAUUAUAUUCCGUACUAAUUUGGACAUCGGAGCGUAGAUCUCUCAGUCGCCCUUCUCCUCCUUACAGGUUCCUCACCUCCCGAAGAGAUCGGACAAGAAAGACCAGAUCGGACCCCCUUCCCCCAAUUAUUAUUAUAUUAGCCUUGGGUACUUUCUAGGAUCAAACAAUUUGGCGCCCACCGUGAGGCUCGAUUUGGAUAUUCUAUUGUUCAAUUUAUGAGGGAGGAUGAAACCUGCUGAAUCCAACAAUCAUGGAAGCAACAGGAAAAAGAAAGAUUUUCCAGUAAAGCUAGGGAAAAUGAAAAUGGCAUUUCCAGGUUCAAGACCCUGCCAAGAGCAAGAACGACCACGAAGAAGAAAGAUCCGGAUCUAUCGAUGUGAAAUGGAAAAGAGGAGAGCACGAACCACCAACAUCAAUAGUUCUCAUCCCCUGUCCGCCUAGCUGCUAGUCCCUGCCAGCGGCGACGUUUCCCCCUCUAUGUGUUUUUCCAUCACCAAAUUUGCCAGGAAACAACAAAAAAUAAAAUCAGAGAAGCAACAAAAACCCCGCCAGUAAGGCUAGACGUCGUCACCGGCUGUGGCUCGGUCAUCCGUCUCCACCUACGUCGAUGCCAGCGAGUGAACCUGUAAAUCAAGAAAAGAGAAGAAAGAAACAAAAAAAAAACAAUAGUGAUAUUCCGGCAACUUCCUCGGCCAGAGCUAUGCACAUAUCGGUGCUCCAAUGAGAAGGAGAAGAUUUUGCAGUCGCCAUCACAAGCAGACGUCACAUCAACCUCUCUUCCCCAAAAGUCAAUGAUUUUCUCUCUCUGCCCGAAGAAGCAGACGACAAUGUUACCGAGGUGGACGGCGGGGACAUCGAGACCAUGCUUUAGAGGCGAAGAACGCUUUCCGGAUGGGAUUCAAGCCUAGCCUCGAAAGCAAAAUACUAAUUAUGCUCAAGAAAGUAAUAUGAGAAAAAGUUCCAAAGCACUCGUCUAGAAGUAGUGCAGUAAAAGAAGCUAAGGUGAAGGCGACUGACGCUCGAAGGAUAAAGACCCAACACAGUGAGAGAAAUAAAAAUGAAAAUGUGCAUUUACUCUAGGAAAGUUCUGCAGGUGAUUCCAGGCGCUUCUUCCCUUUUUUGUAGUAACUGGAAUGGAUCACCGCAUCUUGCAGUCACAAGGUUCAAAGCAGAAACAAAUUUAGCCAAGUAUAGCAGAAUGGUAUGGAUAAUGAUGGUAAACGAAUUAUUGAGGGAGCGUUGCAGAAGGCUUUAUGAUGGCAAGAUCCUUGUAGAAGAACAACUAGUAAAGAAGAUCUAGGAUCUCCUAAGACUAUUAAAAUGUGGUGUCCAUGUUGCUGCUUUGAUUCUUUCUGAUAGGCUGUUAGACAGUGUUGCCAAUUAGACAGUGUUUGUAAAUGUCUGUAUUAGGCUCUUUGUUGUUGUUUUAUCUUGUAGUCCAAUGGUCUGAUGAACUUUGUAAUGGGGUUUGAGAAUUUUUUCAGUUAGGAUGACAGUCUGUCAUUCCUUUCUUCAUGAAUAAAACACCUUAUUCAUA